AUGGGUCUGGGCAAGACUGGUGCUCUGGUUGUGGAGAACUGGCAACAGGAGGCCAUGAAGUUUGUUGGCACUGAAGGCACUUGGAUUGUCACCUGCCCAAGCACCAAGGCUCUCCAGGAGUUCAUCAAGGAUCCCAGCUCUUCUGUUGAGGACAUGUACAUUCUCAUCAUCACCUAUGAUGCACUGUCUUAG